CCGAGAUGUGGUCAGGUACCUAUAACCCGAGGUGUGGUCGGAUACCUGUAGCCCGAGAUGUGAUAGGGUACCCGCUGCCCUAGAUGUCUUAGGGUACCUGUAGCCUGUACGCUUGUGCCCCAUGGUGUGGUCGGGUAAUUUCUGGUCAUGUAUCUGAAUUCUAGAUCUGGCCGACCACCUGUAGAUCAAGAUAUGGUCGGGGAUCUGUAGAGUGGCGCACGGUGGGAUAUCUGUAUCUGUAUCGGUCGGGAACCUGUAGCACGAGGCCUGUAGCCUGCAUGGGGACGUGCAGGCAGCAUUAUGAUGGGAGGAAACCGAGUAAAAAUCAGGGAAAACCCACAGCCAACCGGAAGAGCACUGACAGACCUUCCCACGCACCACCGCAGAGGAGUGGAUGGAUCCAACACCUCUUCUCGUGACAACGGUACUUCAUUCCAUUCCCGGUGAAAGCAAAUGUGACGCCAUGACGUCACAGAAAGAUUGAACAUUUGUAACCAAUGUGUGGGACAUCCGCUUAACCUGUUUGCAACAAUAUUGCUUACAAUUGCUCAGUUGCGUGUUCUUGAUUUACGGUUCGGAAAGGUUAAGCCAGCAUGAGCUGACCUUGAACUCACAGCGACCGCAUUGGUGAGAGGCUCCUGAGUCAUUGCGCCACUAUGGCACGCUGUCCACCUCGGCCACAGAUGCCCCCUGCAGCGUUAAGAAGCUGAACAUGCUGAAAUAUAGCGUUAAACAGCUGUGCAUGCUGAACAACAGGUUUGGAGUAAAACACCUACAUUUAUCUAGAUGAAAGGUUACUCGAGCAAACGUUCAUGGAGCAAAGUUCGUGAUAUGAUUAGGUUCAAGUGAUUUAAUCUUGUGAGGGAUACAAAUACCACCGUAUACACUUAUAUACACUUAUACGCUUAUAUAUCAGCAUGGCCCGCAGCUGAGGUAAACCCAAUGUCUCAUGUACAGGUCUCCCCUGACUCAGUCCCACAGCAGGGUCGGGAUAAAACCCCACUUAGAACGUACAGACGGCGGUGGUACGUUUUGGCUGUCUUUUCCGCCGUGACGUUUGCACAGGGCCUGGUGUGGAAUACUUGGGGACCGUUGGCCGACUCCGGCAGACUGAUAUUCGGCUGGACAGGCGCUGAUGUCGCCUUACUAGCUAACUGGGGCUGUAUCAUUUACCUAGUCACGUGUGCUUUCUUCUCCUAUUUGAUGGACACAAAAGGCCUCCGUGUAGCUGCUGUGUCCACGGUGAACCUCGUCUUCGUGGGAUCCGCCAUUCGCUGCCUCACUGUGGUUAUAGGCAUGAAAACAUGGAUCGUCCACCUUGGACAAGCUGUCAACGCAUUAGCAGGACCCGUCUGUUUCGGGGCCCCUCCUCUCCUAUCGGACGUCUGGUUUCCGAUUCACGAGCGAUCAACUGCUACAGCAAUCUCUGUCAUGUCCAGUUAUUUUGGAGUGGCAAGUUCCUACAUCUUAGGUAUCACUUUUGUGCAUGGGCCAGAACACAACAAUGGGACAAACUCCAGCUAUGCUGUGGGUGAAGUAACCGGUGAUGUCUCUAUACAAAGGUCAGAUAUUGAGAGACUUUUAUUCACAGAGUGUGCUUUGGGCGGAGUUUUGUCUAUCCUAGUUUUGACCUACUUCCCGGCCAAACCUCCUUCUCCACCCAGCGUCAGCGCUUUCCUGCCACGGGCCAACUAUCGAUAUCUUAUCCCUCGGCUCCUAAGAAACUGCCAGUUGUGGUGUAUUGUCGCUGCAGGAGGCCUGGCCAGCGGGAUCUAUGGCACCUGGUUGUCUCUGCUCGACACUAACCUAGGGCCGUUUGGUUUCACUCAGAGGGAGGCUGGUCUGCUUGGGGUUUAUUCUAGCUUGGCCGCUUGUGUCAGCGCAGUCAUCAUAUCCAGGUUUUCUGAUAAAUUCUCAAGAGGAUUGAAGUUUAUGUUGAUAGGUCUUUCAGCGGUAGGAACAUUGUCCUAUCUGAUGUUUUCAUUGCUCUGCCAAAGGACAAUAGCAUACUCAGCAGUGUUCGUAUACAUAACAUGUAUACUUGGCGGAAUGGUUGUGAACGCCGCCAUCCCUCUCUACUAUGAGUUUGUUUGUGACUGCGGCUAUCCGCUACCAGAGGGAGCCUCCGCUACAUUUUUGACCAUCUUUAACAAUGUAGUGGGCUUCUCUUUCUACAUGAUACUGCAGAUUCCAGCAGUGGGGACGGAAUGGAUUAACUGGACGCUGGUUGGGGCUGUGGCCGCAGGCAUGGUUCUUCUGUGGCAGACGAAAAACACAUAUUCCCGCUCAAAAAUUGACCACGGAACUUAAACUCCCAGAUAUCAAUGUAACAACCAUCAAUGUACAAAAAAAAGUAUAAUCUUUAUCUAUUAGCGACUGGGCCAUACUGCCAUUAUUCAGCUUUCUGUAAAAUCAGUCUUACUCGCUGCCUAAAUUGCCUUCAGUCAGUGACAAGUAACAACACUCACUCUACACGUGGACAUGUUGAAAGUUCAACGUACAGCGACUCCAGUUACGUAAACUGCUAUCGAUUUAACUGUAAACCCUGUUACUGACACUAUCAAAUUUGAUAUCGUUUACAGCUUUUAGUAUCAUAUAACCAUAAUAAAUGAAAUUUAUUUUUUCUGUUGGAGUGUAUGAUCUCACGGCAGUAUAGAUUUAGGGAUGAGUGUUGGGGAAUUAAAGCGAUGUAGUCUAUUUGCAGAGACAGUGGUGUAGGCUGUGUUACUGCAUGGAGUUUGUUCUAAUCUCUUGUUGGUGCAACCAGUGUAAAACAAAUUACUCUCCACUUCCAUUGUCCAGCACGUAACUGGCUUUUGAGUAAUUAUGGCGUCAUCCGAAGCAAUGAGUUUUUGGUGUCGAAACUAAGCCUGUGGAGUUUAACAUUAUGACUGAGUGAGUGCUUGGGGUUUAACGUCGUACUUACCAAUUUUUCAGUCAUAUGACGACGAAGGAAUCCUUAGAGUGCAUGUAAUGUGCCUCCUUGUUGCAGGACGGAUUUCCACCGCUCUAUUUUCUAGUACUGCUUCACCGAGACGCCUUACCGAAGGCAAGCCGCCCCGCCCGAGCCAUUAUACUGAUACGGUUCAACCAGUCGUUGCAUUAUCCUCUUCAUGCUGAACGCCAAGCGAUGAAAUUACAAUUUCCUCUUUUAGGUUCUUAGGUUUAACAUUAUGAAUUAGAAAUAAUAUGUUGACUGCAUUUUCUUUGUAAUAACAUAGACGUCCAACGGAUCAGUGUGUAGAACUUGUGACUGGCUAAAGGCAAUUUUGUCAGCGAGUAUGUUUGAUUUUAAAGACAACUGAAUAUAAGCGACUCGCUAAAAGAAUUAGACUAUAAUUUCAGUUGCGCCUUUAAACAACAGCUUAUACAGACAUGUUUAAUUUCAUGAGUUGCAUGUCAUAUUUUUUGUCUUGUAUUAGAUAUUCACUGUGCUUACUGGUCUCACUGAAAUGUUGAAAAUUAUUUUCUUCUAGCAAUUAAUAUAAUUGCAUGCCUAUGUAAAUUAGGGCUUACGGAUAUGGGAAUGGCCUAGAUAAAAGCCUAUUAUAUACUACCGCGUUGAUUUUUAAAUGGAACUAUAUGUGUACAGUGCAUAAUUAUAUGUAAGUUUGCUUAACGCUGCUUCAGAAUAUUUCACUUAUAAGACAGUAAUCAGGUGUAUGGGCGCGAAACGACAGGUAUACAGUUCCUAAAAUGCCACUCCAAUAUGGCGUAUAGUAAGCGUAUGACAGUGUGCAUCACAUGUGCAGUAAAAGUUUGUCAGUAACUUACCAAAACUAUAUGUAGGUGCUUUUCACCAGACGCUCCGGUUUCACUCACACAUUACAUGAAGUCAUGUCUAAGUGAAAAUACUGGAUUGAGGCUUAGGUGCAGGAGAUAACAUAUGAUUCAGUUCACGUCUAAUACAUCACAAGCUGUUAAAAGGUACUUGUAAAUAUGAUCUUCAAGAUUUCAUUAAGGACUCAAGGGCAUUUGAAAAAAAAUGCUACAGGACUAGUUAGUGUGUUAGACCACCUUUUAGGUUAAUUAAAACCUGACACGUUUAUGGCGUAAAACGAUAUAUCCUCUAAAUAAGUACAAUAUGCGGGCCUUAUGAAUUUAUUUUUGCUCCAGAUAAUUUUUCAAAACAAAUGUGUUAAGCCAAAAUAUUAUGCACAUUUAUAUUCUAAUAUAUUUAUUUAUCAUAAUUCAAAUGUAAAACAUGUGUUUGGAUAUAAACAGUAAAGGUACAUUUAAAUAAAUGAUGACUCAUGAGUGCAUGGCAUCUUCAAAAUAAGCGUUUUCUGUGUGAUUUUUUGUAUGACUGCGGGCUGUCAUGUUUUCAGUGCCUUAAUAUAACACUUGACACACCUGUAAGCAAUACAACUUAACCGCAUCAAACCAAUCGAAAGUUAGAGGACAUUAG